CCAGGCGGCCGCGGUGAGCGCAUAUGUGCCCGGCAGGUGGCGCCAGAGACCCCAGGCCGCGGGCGCUCCGGGCGCGUCGGACGCGGCGCUCAGUCGCGCAGCCCCUGUUCCUUCCGCCGGGGCGGCCCCACCGGUUCGGCUCUGCGCGCGCUGUGCGCCCUGGGCGCGUCCCGGGCCCGGAUCCGGCCGGGUGCAGCGCGCCGCCCGCCCCGCCGCCCGCCCCGCCGCCGUGCGCACCAUGACGCUUCCCGGGGCCCGCGCCGGUGCCUGGGCGGCCGCGGCCAGAGCGGCCCAGAGGCGCCGCCGCGUGGAGGGCGCGGGAAGAUCGCCGCGUCCCGUGACCCGGAGCCAGCGCGCCGCUCUUUACGUCCACUGGCCCUACUGCGAGAAGCGCUGCAGUUACUGCAACUUCAAUAAGUACAUCCCCCGCGGCGUGGACGAGGCUGCCAUGCGGAGCUGCCUGGUGACGGAGGCCCAGACACUGCUGCGGCUCAGCGGGGUGCAGCGGGUGGAGUCUGUGUUCUUUGGCGGAGGCACCCCGAGUCUGGCCAGUCCCCACACUGUGGCUGCUGUCCUGGAGGCAGUGGCCCAGACAGCUCACCUGCCCGCAGACUCUGAAGUCACGUUGGAGGUGAACCCCACUUCUGCCCCAGCCUCUAGGUUGGCAGCAUUUGGGGCAGCAGGAGUCAACAGGUUGUCCAUUGGCCUCCAGUCCCUGGAUGACACUGAGCUCCAGCUGCUGGGGCGGACACACUCGGCCCGCGACGCUCUGCGGACACUGGCAGAGGCCCGACGCCUGUUCCCCGGGCGCGUGUCCGUGGACCUGAUGCUGGGGCUGCCGGCCCAGCAGGUGGGACCCUGGCUCCGGCAGCUGGAGGAACUGCUGCGCCGCUGUGACGACCACCUCUCCCUCUACCAGCUGUCCCUGGAGCGGGGCACGGCCCUCUUCACCCGGGUGCAGCGGGGUGCCCUCCCCACCCCGGACCCCGAGCGCGCUGCCGAGAUGUACCAGGAGGGACGGGCGCUCCUUCGGGAGGCCGGCUUCCGCCAGUACGAGGUCUCCAACUUUGCUCGGCAUGGGGCGCUUAGUACCCACAAUUGGACUUACUGGCAGUGCGGCCAGUACAUUGGCGUUGGGCCGGGGGCCCAUGGGCGAUUUGUGCCCCAGGGAGCCGGGGGCCUGGCUCGGGAGGCUCGGAUCCAGACCCUGGAGCCUGACAACUGGAUGAAGGAGGUGAAGCUGUUCGGUCACGGCACCCGGAAGCGCGUCUCCCUGGGCGAGCUGGAGCUGCUGGAGGAGGUUUUGGCGAUGGGGCUACGCACAGACGUAGGGAUCACUCACCAGCACUGGCAGCAGUUUGAGCCCCAGCUGACCCUGCGGGACGUGUUUGGAGCAAGCGAGGAGGUGAACAGGCUGCUGGAGCAGGGCUUGCUGCUGCUGGAUCACAGGGGUCUUCGGUGUUCCUGGGAAGGUCUGGCUGUGCUGGACUCGCUGCUGUUGACCCUUCUACCUCGACUCCAAGAGGCCUGGCAGCAGAAAACCCCCUCUCCUGUGCCAGGAGGGUGACGGAUGUCCCUGCAUUCCAGGACAGAGUCCUGGGUGGGCUUGGGGCUGGACUGACACUUACAGACAUCUCAGCUCUCAUCAUUGCCCAGCCCUGGCAUCCCCAGGGGACCACCUACAGUGAGAUGGAUGGGAGGACCCCUGUCGGAGGCCUGGGAACUGGCAUCCAGUGUGCCCACCGCUGCCAGGGCAGGAGUCGUGGUAUCUGCGAGUGCCUCUCACUGGUGGUCUCUAAAGUAACUCCUGGCUGUCAAGAGCUUCCGAGGGACCCAGCUCUCAGGCUUCCAGCCCCUACAAUGCAGGGCGGGACCUAGAAGGGGCUGAGCGAUGCUGGCCGACCCCUGUGUGUAUCCAGCACAGGGCCUGCCUGCUGGCCUCUGACAACAGUGGGCAAGAUCAGAGCAAGCCCUGCCCCUUCUCUUUUGGCAGCCAGGAUAUGUUUGGGGUGUCAGGAGCCUCAGAGACCUUCCUGAGUUUCCUCCCCUGUUCCCUCUCCGUGCAGCCUUUCCCUGUGAGAAAAGGGUUGGGGGGGUUAGGGGGGGGCAAGCAGGGAAGAGGGAGGGAAGAAGAAUUCAGAAAAGACCCAGAGCCUGCUGAUCCUCCCCUGGCCUUUCAUGUGCAGAAAUGGCCGCCUGGCUGUAUGUAAGAAGCCUGACAAGACCCUCUGGAGCCUGUCUUGACUGUGGUCCUCUCCUUUGUCUGGGCUCCUUUGUGGAGCGUGGAAUUCUGACUUGGGGGCUAGAGACUUAGUUUAGGCUGAGAUCUGUUCCUGUUCCCCGGCAAUUAUUUACCCAGUGACUUUAGCAUCCGUCAGGGAUCCUUGCCCACAGCCAUGAUUAGAUUGAGGGUUGCAAAAUGUUAGUUUCUGACUCUCAUCCCAUCUACAUUCAUCGACGGGCAUCCAUCCAUAUCAAAAGAGCUUCCCCCUUUUGGAGGGCUGACACUCUGAGCCUAGAGAUUGUAUGCAGGGUGUGUGUGUGUGUGUGUGUGCGCGCGCGCGCGCGCGCGAAAGAGAAAGGCGUUUUCCUGUGCCCAGGCUUCCUAACUUCAUAUCAAAGGGUUACUGUGAUGCCUGAAGGAAUUCAGUCCCACCGCAAAUCGGGGUGUGCUCAGCUCAGCCUCUAGCUGGGUGACUAAGGAUGGGUGGGGUUUCCCACCCCUCCGAGGUGAGCACGUGCAUUUCCCGUGUGCCUAGUGGGUGUGAAUAUCAGUCCUUCUGUGAACCUGUGGUAAGUGUUACAACUUCUCAUUUAUUCAUGAAAUAUUCAGCAGGCACUACUGGUGUGCCAGGCACUGUGCUGGGCACGCAGAGAGGAACAAGACCUGUCCCCGCCCAUGAGGGACUCACCACCGUGUUGACAGAUGUGUAAAGAGAUACAUUUCAGGGUUAUCAGUGAGGCUGUGCAGGUGGACUGGGGAAGCCUGCCACACGUCUGGUUCGGAGGGGCUGGGGGCAGAAAGGGGGAAUACCCUUUUCUUCCACCUCCUCUGGCCCUGGGAAGACUUGUGGGGUGACCGUGCUGCCCAGGGGAGCCUCUUCCCAAGCCUUCCCCUGAUCUUGAUAUUCAAGAAGUGAGCACGGGGCCGGAGCAGGUGCACCAUCAGAUAACCUGGGCCCACUCAGGUUUCUCCCCGUGGCCAGGCUCCUGCCACCUGAGACACCCAGACCCUCCCUGCUCACUAGGCCUGGCCAGGAGCCAGGGCCAGGUGGGGGUGGCACGGAUCAGCUUCCGUGACUCAGCCUGGUCCCACCCUCCCCAGGUGAAUCAGAAUCUCCUGGGGGUGGAGCCCAGGAAUCUAGUUUUUAAAUGCUUCCUGAAUGGCUCUAGGGAUCAGGCCCGUGUGGGGAGCCCUGCCACCUGCCUUCCAUCCUCAGAGGCCGGGGUCAGGAGGGACAUGGGGGACACGGCUACUUCCCUCUGCAUCCAGGCCUUCCAGGCCUCGUUCCUCCAAGGGGUCCUCCACAGUGAGACUCCAUUGUCCUUUCUCACCCGCCCUCCUGAAAAGCACACGAACGCAGUUAAGAGGUGAAUGAGCUACUUUGGUGGUGAGAGGAGACGGGGAGAUGUAAUGUGUGUCAGUGUGAUGGUUACAGCUUGAAAGAGCAAACCUUCCUCGUACAAGAGCACUAACAAUUUUAGAGAUUGAACCACCUGCCCCCGACCAAGCAGUGUGCAGGAGGCAGGGCAGCUAUUAUAAUUGCCAUUUUAUUUUUAUUUUUUUAUUUUUUUAAUAUAUUUUAUUGAUUUUUUUACAGAGAGGAAGGGAG